CGAAUGAGAGAGGAGUGCGCACACACGGCCAGCUCGACCCCAACGCCGUUCGUCGCCCGUUCACGUAAUGGAUCGGAGACGAUCGUUGUAUUCGACGCCCAAAAUAGGAACACCAAAUUGCCGAUCUUUCUCGAUUCCCAUAGGAGAGAGAACCAGAAAGAAUAUAGAAGGAAGUGAAUCCCCUUCUUGGCCGGCAUUCAAUUUGUUACCCCACUGGCUGCUUUUUUGGGAUUUGAUUUGGUUCUUCAGCGGACGGCCGGAAAGGGAUCGGGCGAUUCCUUGUUUGUUUGUGUUCCGUGAGAUUUUUGUAUCAUGCCCUUGUGUUCGACGUCGCUCCGAUUGCGGAUUCAGUCGUGGCUUCGCGACUACGAUCGUCUUCAGUCCGUCGCCGUCAUCCUCAUCUACAUCCAAAUUGGGUGUGCUCUGAUCGGAUCGCUCGGGGCAUUGUACAAUGGGGUGUUGCUGAUCAACCUGGUGGUGGCGCUUUUUGCACUAGUGGCGAUCGAGAGCAGCAGUCAGAGCCUCGGGAGGACCUAUGCAGUACUUCUAUUCUUCGCUAUUGUGCUCGACAUCGCGUGGUUCAUACUUUUCUCGCGCACGAUAUGGAACGUCACUCCUGAUCAGAAGUAUGGGCAACUUUUUGUCUUCUCACUCAGACUUGCUUUGUUGAUGGAAAUUGUUGGCUUUUCAGUGAGGUUUUUGUCCACAUUCUUAUGGAUUCAGAUAUAUCGAUUGGGGGUUUCAACUGUGGACAAUCCUAUCAACCAUGCAGAUUACAGUGUCAGAAAUAGUUUUGUGAACCCUUCAACACAUGAUGUAGCUAGGCAGAACUCCAAUUCUGAUGAGAUUUUGGGAGGUGCCAUCUAUGAUCCAACGUAUUACUCCUCCCUUUUUGAGGAUGCUCAAGAUAAACGAUGCAUGCCUGAGGGUGACAAACAGAUUGUUCAUGAUGGUCUCUCUUCUCCAGUAAUUGAAGCUCCAAAACUUAAAUCAUGCAUUGGUAGAUCUUUUCAUGGUAUAGAUAUCGAUAGUGCUCUUAGAAAGCCCCUAGUGCAGUGAUUUGUAUUCUAUUCUUAGUGGAUCACAUUUUGGCAUCUGUGCCUUGUUUAACUGAUCGGUUCAUAGUUGCCCGGAUUUUGGCAUGAUGAUUAUUUCGCAGAAGAUGCUGGUCUAAUAUCCCCUUGGGCCCUUCAAUGGAGUUGCCGCUGGUCCUUUCACCUUGGAAUCCUUAUGUGGACAUUGGUGAAGCUCAGUUGACAUCAUCAGCACUAAACUCGACAAGAACACUGUACCCAGAUACACAUACCGAUCUAUCACAUCUGGCAGCAAUAGAUCACUGGAAACAUGGAGGUGCCAUCGGUCCAACUUUGAUGUUGAGUAUGAUUGUGUAAGCAGUUGUUGGACCAACUUUUUUGUGUUUUUCGCCAAUCAAUGAUGAGCAUCUAAAUGCUGGUGUUGCAUGUAAUUCGAGGUUUUGAAUCAUCUUGGAGCAUGAUAUAAGAGCUCUCGACAUCUCUUCGUUGCUAUACAUCAUUAUUUCUUUCUUUU